UGGACACGCGGGGGAUCUGUUUGUUUGAGAAUCAUGACUGACGAUUCGAAAAAGUACACGAUUCCGUGUCCUGAAGUUGUUCUUUGUGUAGAGUUUUCACCGUACGAGGCGUCUUGUCAAUUACUGGCUGUGUCUACUUCAACACGAGUUACUGUUUUUUCAUGUCGGUUUGAGGAAGAAGAUGCCGACGUUGAUGGUAUUGAGUACACUCAGAUCCGUGACUUCCAGACAGAGAAUCAGACCAGCACCAUAGCAUGGAACCCAGAAACCUCUUUAUCUGUCCUACCAAAGUUUCUCAGUUUUGCCACAGCUGAACUGGAUGUCAAAGAUCAUCAUCUCCGACUGUUCACAUCAAAUCUCAAGGAAGAUGAAAGUGUUUUGAGAGGCACACGCCAUACUGCCAUUCUCUGA